AUGGAAACCAGAAAUAGGACAGAUGAUCCAGUGUUCUUUCUCAUGGGAUUCACAGAGGAUCCAGCUCUCCAGUCUCUUCUGUUCUGCCUGUUUCUGGUUGUGUAUCUGGUCACCAUCCUGGGGAAUCUUCUCAUCAUCCUGGCUGUCAUCUCUGACUCCCCUCUCCACACCCCCAUGUACUUCUUCCUCUCCAACCUGUCCUUGAAUGACAUCUGUGUCAGCACCACCACCCUCCCCAAGAUGCUGGUGAACAUGCAAACGCAAGAUCUGAGCAUCACUUAUCUAGGCUGCCUGAGCCAGACCACCUUUGUCCAGAUUUUUCUUGGUUUGGAAAAUUGCCUCCUUGGAGUCAUGGCUUAUGACCGCUUUGUGGCCAUCUGUCACCCUUUGAGAUAUACGGUCAUUAUGAAUCCAUGCCACUGCAGUCUCCUGAUGGCACUCUCACUGUUUCUAAGUCUUCUAGAUGCCCUCAUCCACACACUCCUAGCUCUUAAACUGUCCUUCUGCUUGGAUUUAGAAGUCCCUCAGUUCUUCUGCGAGUUGGCUCAGCUUCUCAACUUGGCUUGUUCUGAUACUUUUAUUAAUCACCUUCUAAUAUAUGUCAUGGCUGUCUUCUUUGGGGGUAUUCCUCUGUCUGGGAUCAUCUUCUCUUAUACCCGGAUCAUCUCUUCUGUUUUAAAAAUGCAUUCAAGAGAGGGAAAACUGAAAGCUUUCUCUACCUGUGGGUCUCACCUGUCCGUUGUUUCUUUGUUCUAUGGGACAUGCAUUGGUGUUUAUUUUACUUCUGAAGUCAUUGAAUCUUCUGGGAGGACCACAGCGGCUUCAGCAAUGUACAUCAUUGUACCUCAGAUGAUGAAUCCUUUUAUCUAUAGCCUGAGGAACCAGGACGUGAAGGAUUCCUUGAGAAAACUCUUCAGGGGAAGACCAUUUUUUCCUGUGACUUAA